CUUCUGCAUGGAAGACGAUGUCUGUGGUUCACGAUUCCUUGUUUCAGGCGCCAUGCAGACCCCUGAGGCAGGCUCAGACACUGCGUCCACCGUCCCUCUGCAGAGUGCCGUGCCCGCGCAGCCAGCCGUCACCGCCCAGCAGGUGGCGCCACAGGUGCCCGUCCAGCAGCAGGUCCAGACGGUCCAGCAGGUCCAGCAGGUCCAGCAUGUGUACCCUGCACAGGUGCAGUAUGUGGAGGAGAACAGCGGGGUCUACACCAACGGAACCAUCCGGACGUACACGUACUCGGAGCCGCAGCUGUACAGCCAGAACAGCGGGGGGGCGUACUUCGACCCGCAGGGCGGGGCAGCGCAGGUGACGACGGUGGUGUCGUCCCACGGCAUGGCGGGCGCGGGCGGCGGCGCCGGGGAUGGGGGGCUGGCCAUGGAGCUGACGGGGGGCCAGAUCAUCAGCAGCUCGGGCACGUACAUCGUGGGCGCCACGCCCAUGGACAGCUCCUCCCCGCACCAGGCCGCGCAGACGACGAGGGCAUCCCCGGCCACCAUUGAAAUGGCGAUUGAGACACUCCAAAAGUCUGAAGGCUUAUCCACUCAACGGAGUUCGCUGCUCAACAGCCAUCUGCAGUGGCUGCUGGAUAACUACGAGACGGCGGAGGGCGUGAGCCUGCCGCGCUCCACGCUGUACAGCCACUACCUGCGGCACUGCCAGGAGCAGCGGCUGGACCCGGUCAACGCCGCCUCCUUCGGCAAGCUCAUCCGCUCCAUUUUCAUGGGGCUGCGUACGCGCCGCCUCGGCACGCGAGGGAACUCAAAGUACCACUACUACGGGAUCCGCGUGAAGCCGGACUCUCCGCUCAACCGGCUGCAGGAGGACAUGCAGUACAUGGCUCUGAGGCAGCAGCCCGUGCAGCAGAAACAGAGGUUGAAGCCGGUGCAGAAGGUAGAUGGGACAGCAGGGGACAAUGUCUCAGGGAGCAGUCAGCAUGCGCCCAGUGCCGCGGAGCAGACAGUCAUUGCACAGAGCCAGCACCACCAGCAGUUCCUGGAUGCCUCUCGGACGCUUCCGGAUUUUGCCGAGCUCGACCUGGGUGAUACUGGCAUGGACCUCAUCACCCCCGAGGACGUCAAGACGCUGCAGGUGCUCUACAGGGAGCACUGUGAGGCGAUCCUGGACGUGGUGGUGAACCUCCAGCUCAGCCUGAUCGAGAAGCUGUGGCAGACAUUCUGGCGUUAUUCUCCCUCCACGUCCGUAGAGGGCGCCACCAUCACAGAGAACAGCGGGGUGAGCGAGAUCGAGGGGCGCCUGCCCCGCGCCAGGCUGCUGCUGCUCUGCAGGAACGAGGCGGUGCUGAAGUGGAUGAGCGCCUGCGAUCAUGUCAUGUACCAGGCCCUGGUGGAGGUCCUCAUCCCGGACGUGCUCAGACCCAUUCCUAGUGCCUUGACUCAAGCCAUCCGCAACUUCGCCAAAAGCCUGGAGGGCUGGCUAAACAGCGCCAUGAGUGCCAUUCCCCAGAAGAUGGUCCAGACCAAGAUUGCUGCUGUUAGUGCCUUUGCGCAGACGCUGCGCAGAUACACGUCCCUGAACCACCUUGCUCAGGCAGCCCGCGCAGUGCUGCAGAACACCUCCCAGAUCAAUCAGAUGCUCAGUGACCUCAACCGCGUCGACUUUGCCAACGUGCAGGAGCAGGCCUCGUGGGUGUGCCAGUGCGAGGAAGGAGUGGUCCAGCGUCUGGAGCAGGACUUCAAGGCAACGCUGCAGCAGCAGAGCUCCCUGGAGCAGUGGGCGGCCUGGCUGGACAACGUGGUGAGCCAGGUGCUGAAGCCCUGUGAGGGCAGGCCCAGCCUCCCCAAGGCCGCGCGCCAGUUCCUGCUCAAGUGGUCCUUCUACAGCUCCAUGGUGAUCCGGGACCUGACCCUGCGCAGCGCCGCCAGUUUCGGCUCCUUCCACCUGAUCCGCCUGCUCUAUGAUGAGUACAUGUUCUACCUGGUGGAGCACCGCGUGGCCCAGGCCACGGGCGAGACGCCCAUCGCCAUCAUGGGGGAGUUCGACGACCUCAACACCAUGUCACCUGCAAACAUUGAUAAAGACGAGGUGAGUGAGAUGGAGAGCGAGGCGGAGGAAGAGCCCGACGGCUGCGGAGAGCCUCUGGCAAAGCGGGAGAAGGUGGAGGUGAUCCAGGUGCUCCAGGUGGGCGCCCUGGACGGCGGGGGUAGCGCCGUUGUGGGCGUGGUCCAGCCCGGAGUGCUCAACUCGCUGCCCCAGCCGGCGUCGGGACACACAGAGCACAUCCUGACCCCCACCAUCCGCCACUGCAGCACCACGGGGAAUACGUACACCUCUGUCUGAGGAGGGGAGCACAUAAGACAUGCCCCCCCCCCCCGCCCCCAACAAUAUCCAGAGUCCUCUCUUUCUCUUGCUUACCGUCUCUGUAUGUGCCAGCCCACCCCCCCUCCCCCACACAGCCGUCUAGUGCUCUAAUUAAUCGUGCAUAAUUAACUGGAUGAGCAAUGCAGGUGCCCAACUAUGGCCACUCUAAUAUAGUGUCAUGGGCCUGAAAAGUGGCCUCUCAUUCAUAGGCGAAAGGAAUCAAGAAUCAAGAAUCAAGGAGAACUUUAUUGUCAUUGUGUAAGCACGACGAAAUUGCAAUUGGAAGUCUAAUGAAAAUAGAAUGUGUACACGUGGCUGUCUUUUACAAUGCACAGCAUAGCUGGCUAGCUUGGCAUCUUGCUGGCCACAUAGCUAGCUACAGGCCAAGCUAAGUAGUUAGCCAACUAGAUUGGCUGGUUAUCUCAAGUACAAGGUAGCAACAAAAAUCCCUGGAUUCGAGCUGAUCUUAGAAGGUUAACCAGCAGCAUGUCCGGCGGUCGAGGGAAUGAAAAAGCCCCCGGUUUUCUUAAGCUGUAUUUACUUAUUGAAAAUUCACUGCAUGUUCUACUUGCCAUAGAGCAGCAAUAUGCAUUCAAGUUGUGUGAUGGAUGUAUCAGAGACCUGGGUGCUAACAUGUGACUCUAACAUUGUACAGCUGGCUGAUCACAGACAGUGCACUCACUUACUUUCAGUAAUGUUAUCAUUGACAGGUCAUGUAGAACAGUGUCAUUUAACUCUUGUCAUGAAAGCUUUCCAAUGUUAACCUAUGGACAAGACUACUUUUUGGGCCCAAGAUGCUAUAUCGUCGUGGCAGCAGCUGGGGAAUGAGGCUAAACCAAUCAUUGUCAGCCCAGUUAAUUAAACACGUCAAUGGCUCUAACAUACAGGGAGAUAAGCAAAAACCUUGUGAUCUUUUUGUUUGAACGGGAUCUACCAGAAGUCACAUGACCAGUUAGUAUCCACCGUGAAAACAACAAACGUCACUUCUGAAGAUGAACCAAAACCCAAAAACUAGAUAUCGCACAACCCACCCAACACUGGAGGUGAGUGUGUGUGUGAUUGCUUUAGUCAAGGUGACAGGAGGGCUAAAGGGAUGGUGUUUUUGGCGUGUGGGUACCGCUGUAGCUGUGCUGGGAGAGAGAGGUUAACCAGUCACCCAAAUGAAACUCUUCUGUGGGGAAGGGGGACCUAAAAAAUGACUGUCUCCGUGAUGCUCCGUGUCUGAGUGAGUCCUAAAUUUGCCUGCGAUGGCUGAGAACACAUAUCCAAUCCAACAGAUCCCUCACAGAGCAACUGUCAACAUGCCCCUUUGUAUUCAGAAAGACAGUUGUCUUGGAGAAGGACUUGCUUUGUGUCCCCUAGCUUAGAUUAGUGAACUAGCGACAAGAAAAUGUCACUCGGGAAGGCUUUAUUAUAGUUUUAUCGCUAUUUUUACCUCAGUUUAAGUAAUUAGGUGAGCUAUGGCGUUUGGUAUCAUUUUACGAGUUAGAUGAGAGGACUGCUGGGCAAACUUAGAAUGUAGUGAGACAGUCAGAAGGUUGGUGACAUCCUAUCGCCUGCCCGAGCGUCGCCAUGCUGGCUAGUCAGCUGUUGUAGCUUUUUUUCUCUGAGUGAAACAUUGUGCUUGUUGAGCCAGGUGUCCCUGUAUAGCUGCAUAAAAGGCAUUGUGUUAUUGGGUCUCUUUUCUCUGUACUAUACACGAAAGCAUGCUGUGUUGUUUUAUUCCUGUAUUUAUGUAAGACGUUUGGUUUGUUUCGUUCUGACUGGACCAAAAAAACAAAAACAAAAACAAAAAAACAAUUAGAAGCAGGUAGGAGGCGACCUGCGUGCGCCGUCGUGAGGCCCUGUCUCCUGUCAUGACCGCGCAAUGUUGUGACACAGAGUGAAUGUCAGGGAUUUAUGUACCUCAGCGUCUUCAUAGUGCCUUAAACCAGCUGCAGUUUCUUUUUUAUUUCACAUUGUUGCAUUUGUGUCCCUGAAGCGCUAUCACCUAUAUCCAAGCCCUGCCUCUUGCCCCUUGCCCAAGACCCCCCACCUCCGACUUCUCUCCCCAGGAACUUUGGAGAUGUUUUUUGGUGUUGUAUUUUUUGGAGGAGUUUAGUCCUGAAGAUUGACUACUUGAUCUUUGGCACCGCAGUACAUGUCAAUCCUCACCUUGGUGUGUUCAAGUGUAGCCCCCCUCUCACCCAAUCUCUCCCUUCCCUCAUGUACAGUUGGGCAUGGUGUGUGUGUUUGCGGGCACCUCCACUUUGCUUUCACUGAUUUUUUCCUCAUUUCUUUUAAAAAUGAACAUCAGCAAGUCUCUAAAAUUCAGCCCUCAACCAACCCCAACCCUGUUACCCUAACCUGUAUAUGUAUAUAUA